AUGCGCUGGAAAAGUGAGGUAAAAGUAGAGUGUCGCAUUGGUAAGGAGAAUGAAAACGGAUCUCUGGUGUCCAACGACGAGCUUCUCGUCAUGUGUGAAGAUUGCAAAGGAGACGAAGAGCUGCUGGGCAAAUGCACUGAAGACAGGAGAGACAUAAUGGGCGCACCGGUGGAAGUUUUGGAUGAAGAAGCGUCGUCCCUGCAGGCGAUGUCCUCUGCGCCUCUGUUGGGCAGAACUGUGUGUGCGAGCUGCAACGAGGAAAUAGUUGAUAAAUAUCUAUUAAAGGUUAACGACUUGUGCUGGCAUGUGCGCUGUCUCUCCUGCAGCGUGUGUCAGACUUCACUUGGCAGCCACACAAGUUGCUACAUCAAAGAAAAAGAGGUUUUCUGCAAACUGGAUUACUUUCGGAGAUACGGCACUUGGUGCGCGUGCUGCGGGCGGAACAUCCACUCCACAGACUGGGUCCGCCGGGCGAAGGGCAACGUCUAUCAUCUGGCCUGCUUCGCCUGCUUCUCCUGCAAGAGGCAGCUGUCCACCGGGGAGGAGUUCGCCCUGGUGGAGGGAAAAGUGCUUUGCAGGGUUCACUACGACUGCAUGUUGGACAACCUCAAGCGGGCGGUGGAAAAAGGAAACAGCGUUAACAUGGAAGGAGCUGUGCCCACCGAACAGGAGAUCAACCAGCCCAAACCCUCCAAGAGAGCUCGGACCAGCUUCACUGCUGACCAGCUGCAGGUGAUGCAGGCUCAGUUUGCUCAGGACAACAACCCAGACGCCCAAACACUGCAGAAACUAGCAGAGCAGACAGGCCUCAGUCGAAGAGUCAUUCAGGUCUGGUUCCAGAACUGUCGAGCACGCCACAAGAAGCACGUGAGCCCCAACCACACCUCCAGCACCCCCAUGACCUCACUGCAGCCCAGCCACCUGUCCCAGCCCACCCCGACCCCUGAGGAGCUGCAAUACACCGCCUACGGAGGUCCAGAGGGGUCGAUGCUCUCAGCACUCCACUCCUUCAUAGACAUACACUCGCCUCCAUCCUUGUUUCAACCGCUGCUGCCAGCCCACGCCAUGACCUCGCUGCCUGUGUCUAACGCCUGAGCUGCUCUCUCUCUCUUACACUCACACACACCUGACCAAUGUUUUUCCAUUAUUAGCAGCA